AUGGCAAACACCAAUUCUCAUGGGUACAAAAUGACAGCUGUCAGGACACUUGCGGAUAUUGCGUCAUCAACCACAGGCUCGGGCAAAGCUGAUCCUCCGCAUAGUGCGGAUCGCUUGCCGCUUCCUCGCGAAAGCCAGAGCCGUACACGAAUGUUAACACUUUUACGCGCCUGCGCCACAGACGAGACAGGGUCUGGCGCUGUGGAGGCUCAAUCACAGUCGUGUACUGCUAUUUGUACUAUUGUUGUCGGCAUUUCUUGGCAUCCAGGGGGUCUUCUCACGAUGAGUGAGUCCGAGAUGGAAUGCUCGACUUCUAGAAAUCAAUCACAUAACGCCCAAUAA